CGAGUUCUGAUCCUCUUAUCAUCCCCUUAUUGCGACUGUAUCUCGCGUAUCUGUGAUAUCCCGCGACAAGCCCGCACGCCAGGAUGUUCAAGAAAUUUAAGGACAAACUCGCGGAGGAGAUGAAGCAGUCGCCCGCCAGGUUACAGGCGAGCGUGCAGCAGUUGGCGCAGGCUGUUGUGUCACCCGCCCUGUCCAACAGCUCCAUUCAGGAGGUGUCUGCGUCCACUGACAACUUCAGUUUGACAGAGGAUGGAGAUGAAACACCCAAGAACACUCCAGUGAAGCACAGUUUUCAGAAUAUCGAUCUGAUGUCUCCAUCUGCCAACGCAGAGAUUUCUAGAAGAUCUUCAGUGAGCAGCAUCACCAGCGACGCAUCUUCGUUAUUCCCCAUGUACGAGAGUCCUCCUAACCUAUAUCAGCUGCAGUCUGAUAUGGAUCAAUCAGCUAGUGAAGUAGACGACAAUAUUAGUCCACAUCUUGAUAGAGUCACCAAGGAUCAAUUGUAUUCGGCCUAUCGUAAGGUGCAAGCCAAGUAUCACAAAUACCGUGGCAGAUAUACAGAUCUAGCAACACAUUAUCGCGAACUGGAUCGAGUCAAGACAAGGUUGGAGUCCGUGUUGGUCGAGACGCAAGACAAGGUUCUACGCAGGAUUACUGACCUGAAAGAGCAGUGCCAGUUGGAGCAGCAAGCAAAGGCACACCUGGAGGAGGCGUUGAGGAACGACAUAGAAGAGAAGGACCACAUUAUAAAUACGUUGAACACGAAAGUAAGACUGCUGCAAGCUGGCGGAUCAGCCUUGGAGAAUUCGGUGUCAGAAGAGGCAGAUGUGCAAGAGGAGAACUCCAAGGACAACCUGAUUGACUUAACCAACGAAUCUCCCAACGACGGGAACACUGCGCUGCUGGCGGAGAAUGCUCAGCUGAACGACAGAAUGAAGAAACUGGAAAGCCUUGUACUAAGGUAUAAGGAAUCUUUGAAGCGCAACAAGGACAAGUUCACCGAAGUGAUAAAGGAGAAGAACACGCUAGAAAGCGAGUACGAGGCGCAUAUGAACGCUACUGCCGAGAGAAUAAGCGCGACGGAAGGCGAGCUGAAUGCUGCGCAAACCGAGGUCGCGCGUUUGACAGAGUUGGUGGACGUGUUGCAUAAACGCGAAGAGGAGUCUGCGAUCUCGCUGGCGGAGAACAAGCUGUCGGUUCAUCGGGAGCUCGAGGAGAAAGAGGAGCAGAUUAAACAGCUGCGAGUUGAUCUGAAACACAUAAUGGAAGAAAAGGAGAACUUGAACGAGGCUGUGGCGCGAUACAAAUCUGAGCCGUCAGCUAAAUCGAAGUCGUCACCGCACAUCGACUCGAAUUCCGUCACAGACAAAGGUGCGAUUGUGUACGACGCGUCUAAGGAGAAGACCGAGAGCUCCGUGAAAUCCUCCGUGCAACAGGCGACUUCAACGAGACACCACGAAGAAGUCGAUCACAAUAAAGAGGCGUCAGCGAAGUCGUCGAGAGACGAAAACGCGUUGGAAGAGAUGACACUUCGCUUACGCGAGAAAGAAGCCAAGCUCGAAGACUUGCAGCGCAAGUUGGACGAGUUGGAAAAGCAGAGUGUCGAAUACAAACAUGACAAAAAGACGUUGCAGGCUGAGCUGUCGAACUACAAAGUGAAGUAUUCAGAAUUGAAGAGCGAGCAUGACGCGCAGAGGAUCGUCACGGAGGAGAGGCAGAAAAAUGCGGACGCAACAAUCGAGAAGCUGCAGGCGACCGUGCAGAGCGUCGACAAGGAACUGGAGAACAUGAGAGACGCGCUAACCGACCGGGACCUGGUAUGUGAGAAUUACAACAAGAAGGUGCAGCAAUAUGCGGCCAUGUUGGAGAAAGCGAAACAUCGAUUCAACGAGCAAGAGACGCAAAUAAAAUCACUGAAAAGCCGCCUAGACGAACUCACCAUGGCGCAACAGGAGCUGGAAAGCAAGCGAACGGAAUUGAACACGAUGCGGGGUGAGCUCGAGCUCUGUCGCUCCACGAUCGACGACCUUGGUAAUAAGAUCCAGGCGGAUAGCUCGGCUAUCAACCUGCUGAAGAAGGAACGGAGUGACUUAAUCAAUCGACUCGUCCACUACAAGGAUUGUAUGCUACGUCUGAAACAAGACUGUGCGGAUGUCAAAGGUGCCGUGCACGAGGAGUUCUCAAAUCGGCGAGCCGAGAUGUCGGAUCUGAAAACGACUUUAACUGUAACUUUCACGAGGCUCAGUGAGGAGAACGCGACGUUGAAUUCCCAAGCGGAAGAGUUGCGUUCUCAAAUGGAAAACUCGGAGCGGUCUGCGUCCGAAGAAGCGCGACUGCGGUCGGAAUUGAUCAAGAUCACGGGUCUCAAGUCCAUUUUGGAGACGGUGCUGAGAGCGAACAAGGAAGAAUCAAUGGCGCAAGGUGAUGAGUUAUCCGACGAGCUCGGCGCGUUGGUCAACAAGCUGAUAGCCGAGAUGGAUAAUCUCCAGUUUAAGGUCUACGACUUGGAGAAGGUUUCGUGUGAAUUAACGGAGUCGAGGCGAGAAGCCGAAAGCUUGCGGGAACGACUGGAGGCAUUGGAGGAGCUCGAACUUAAGCACCGAACGUUGUCGAGUGAGAAUGACGACCUGAGGAGAGACCUCGCGCAGGUCAGUCGUGCCGCCGACGAGGUCGACGAAUUGAGCGCAAAGCUGCGUGAGGCGAACAAUCUCAUCAAUUCGUUGAAAUCGCAGAGCAGCGACCAGGAUGCGUUGCGCGAAGAGGAACUGCGUACCUCACGAGCAGAGAUCGCUCGCUUUCAAGACGAACUAGCUGGGAAAGAUCAUGAGAUCAAGACACGCGACGAGAAGAUCGCGGAACAAGAGCAGCAGGUGGUGCAUCUGAUCUCUACCUGCGACAGUCACAUACAGACGAUCGAGGAGCACGUAAAGAAGUGUCUGAAUUUGGAGGAGGAAUACCAAGCGAUGAGGGAGAGCCACGCGAAGCAGACAACUGAGCUGACAGAAAGCAACAAGGAGUUGCAGAAAACGCUUAAUGUGAAGGUCGCACAGCUGAAGAAGCUGAAGAUGCUCAAAGAGCAGCAAAGUAAAACCAUCGAGGAAAUGGACGCGGAGCUAUACGAGCUAAAAACCAAGCACGCCAAAUUAGCGGACACCUUGGCGGCCGCCGAGAAACAAAUCGAGGCCCUCAAGUCGGAGAAUUCGCAGCUCGCGACCAUUAUCUUGGAGAAUAAGGACCUCAAGGAUAAGCACAACAACUUGCUCAGUCAUAAUCGCAAGCUCUGCGAGAAUGAAGAAGCGAUGAAACAGAAAAUCGACUACUACGAGAAGGAUAUUGAAGAGUUACGCAGAGAGGUGGAGUCGUGCAAGGUCCAAGCAAAUAAAUGUAACGAAGAAGCGGAACGUUUGAGCGGUCAAUUGAUGGCAGUGAACACUCAGCUCGAGUCCAAAAACGCGGAAUCGAGCUCGUUAAAUGACAGACUGCUUACGAGCGAGAGAGAGCUGCGAGAGACCAAGGAGAGGCUCGACGAGCAAAGUACGGAGCUGUUCAACAAAGUUUCGGAGUUGAAUGCCGCUAUAAUGAGCGGCGACGUUAUGAGAGAAGAGAACAAACUUUUACUUACGAAGCUGAAAUCGUUCGAGGACGAAGUCGGUAAGACUAGAAAGAGACUAGAGGUAGAGAAUACGCAGUUGCGCUCGCAACUCGGCGAUUUGAUGCAAAGGAACGCCGAGAUGGACGCGAUUCGUACAGAAAACGACAGGCUAGUCACCGAGCGAGCAGUUUUGCAAGAUAGAAUCAUCGAAAUAGAAGGUUUGAGGAGUAGCAACACGGAGUUGCAGUCCAGGGUAUCCGAAUUAAAGGCUUUGAACACGGAGAAUGAACAGUUGCGAGUAGAAUUGGAUGUUUUGCGCUCGGCGAGCGGUGAUUCGUCGAUGGAAUUGAGCGCUUUGAAGGACUCAUUGUCACGGAAAGAAGCAGAUAUAAAAUCUUUAGAGGAGAAGAGCGUCGACAUGUUGCGGGAGAUUGAGGCUCUCAAGCUUCGCUGCACAGAGGCCGACGAGAAGACACAGGAAGCUGACAUGUUGAAGAAAAAAGUCGCUGAAUUGCAGUCGGAGAUCGCGUCUGUCGAUGCGUUAAGGAAGGACCUGGGGAACGUGCGCAAUGAUGAUGACAGCGACAAACUGCACGAGGAGAACAAGAGAUUGGAAGCGCAGCUUGACGAAGCACUGAUCACGUUCCAGGCGAAGGAGACGCAAAUGCAACUAGUGAACAAUGAACUGAGGGAGCAACUAGGUCAGCUGAAGGAGCAAGCAAAAACCGACGAAGAGGAACAGGGUAUGAGGCUGAAACAGUUGGUCAAGGAGUUCCAAGCGCAAUUGCAAGACAAGGAGGAGGAGCUGCAGGCUGCACUGGAGAAACGUUUCGAUCGUCAACAUAAUUACGAGUCAGACCUCGUGCAGCAGUACAAGGAGCAGCUAAAAGAUUUCCAAGUAGAACUCACAGAGAAAUCCGAGCAGAUCGAGAGCCUAGUGCUGGAGAAGAAAGACGUGGUGGCAGAGAAAGGCAAGGAUAUCGAUCGCCUAGUAGAGACGAUCACACAGGUUAAAAAGGAGCAUGCCAAUGAGAUUCGGGAGGUGGAGAAAAAGUGGAAGAGCAUAGUUCAACAGAAAAUCGACAAUUUGCAAGCGAAACAUGAAGAGGAGUUGAACGAGCUGACGAAGGAAUGGCAGAAUGAGAGAAAGCCUGAUGUACAAACCGACGCAGCUGCCGAGGAAUUGGAGAGCACGUCGCGCGUAGCGAUGGCCGCAAUACAGACGAAUACUGGCUCGAUUCACACGAUGCAGCAGACUUUGACGUCUCAGCGCCGGGAAAUUGCGGAGCUUAGGAAGCUGGUGAAGCUGCGGCAUGACACUCUGGAAGACUCCACAGAGAUCGAGUACCUGAGGAACAUUCUGUUCGAGUACAUGAUGGGAAGGGAGACCAUGGUGCUUGCCCGGGUGAUUGCAGCUGUCGUCAAAUUCGAUCAAGAGCAAACUACGAAGAUAAUGAAGAAGGAAGAAGACAAGCUGACCUUGUUUGGCUCCCUAGGUCUCACGUAAUCCAAGGAGAAGUACAGCAUGUUCGAAAUAUUCUGUAUAGAGAUGCACAAAAUCUGCAACCAUAUGCUGUAAAUGCAUCCUCGUUAUAUAAAGAGGUGCAAGUAAGAAUUGUAUAAAGUAUAGAAAGAAACAGAGAGGAAGCUGAAAACGUGAGAUGUAACACGUAUAUAUACUACUGACUUUUAUAAAUAUUAAUUUAACGACACGUUAUAUACAUAUAUACAUAAAUUUGUAUAAUAUUAUAUAUAGGCUUACAUAAUAUUAUACAGAUAGAGAUUUAUAUAAGACACGCCCUUACCUGUGAUUAAACGUGUGCGACAGAAGAACACGAUUGCGCUGACACACAUGUCUGAUGUUAUUACACUUUUAUGAUAGUACUUUUUACAUAUAAGACCGUAGCAAUAUUUCGUACACGUAUAAUACUUAUUGUACAAGAGGCGAUGUGUGCAUGUAUAAAUAUAUACUGUAAUUAAUUAA